CAGUGCUAAAACUCUAUGCUUAUUACCUCUUGCAGAUCCCAUGAACGUACUCACCUCAGGACCAUAUGGCCUUGUAUUUGCUUCAUUUGUACCCUUCUAUUUUGACAUUCCUGUUUCAACAAGGUUUCGAGUAUUCAAUGUUCGUUUCUCUGAUAAGUCUUUCAUAUAUCUAGCUGGGCUUCAGCUUCUUCUGUCAUCGUGGAAAAGGUCAUUCUUGCCAGGGGUAUGUGGCAUUCUUGCUGGUUCCUUAUACCGCCUGAAUGUGUUUAGCAUCCGUAGGGCAAAGUUUCCCGAGUUUGUUGCUUCAUUUUUUUCACGGCUAUCUUUACCAUCUAUGGGGAGUCGACCUGCGUCAUCAACUAGGAAUGUUGUAGGAAGUGCACCAUCCUACACUGGUCACCAAGCAGAGUUUCAGAGAACCUACCCUGUACCAAUACCUUCAACCACAGAGCCAGCAGAGGACUCUAUUGCUACGCUGGUCUCCAUGGGCUUUGACAGGAAUUCAGCAAGGCAGGCUCUCGUGCAGGCUAGAAAUGAUGUCAAUGCAGCUACAAACAUCCUUCUUGAAGCACAAUCACACUGAUAUGCGGGGAGCAUUUCUGUCGAAAAUCCAAAAACAGGGUGCAGCCUGUAGCACGGAAGGAUAAUCUCAUGACAAGACCGAGAUGUUGAAAAACCAAAUUGGUUUGCCUUAACCAUUAUAUGGCACUUGUGCUAUCAUUUUGAAGAACUGCUCUUUCUUUGCAGCUGUUUAUUUCAAUUGUAGGUGCCAAGAAGCCAACUAAGAUUAGUGUUCAUAGGAACCUGAACAUAAGGUUAGGAGCUUGUAUGUCUACGCUACUAGAAAACCUUCGUGUCUCUGAAGAUUGGAGAUUAGUUUCUUGGUGCUAAUGGUGCUUAAGCUUAUUGCCCAACAUACAUGCAUGCUGGCUGUUUUUAAGGUUAUAGGCCGCCUCUAACUGCUGAGAAGUCUGUAAAUGGAUCUGAUAAUACCUUGUUUCCUACAUGCAAGCUCUCCAAUGAUCGAGUCUCUUGCAUUCCCCUCAUGGGCUUCUUCCUUUCUCUCUUUUGUCACCUUAUCUUCUAUGUGAAAAACUCUACUUAAAGGGAUUACAUACCGUCAAUCUCCUUUUUGACAUUUUGACAUUCAAUUACAAGGAUUUUAGGUGUUUUUUAGAUUACUAUUUUCUGUGGAAACAUUUACUUGCCAUCUA